GUUCUUCUGACGGAGAAUACAAACAGUGAGUUGACAGCUGCAUCUCUAUUCCAAACCAGACUCUCCUAAGCUUGUGGAAAUGGAGAAAUAUUGCAUCGUAUUAUUGAUUGGUCUUCACGUCCUGCAGGUCCAAUGCUGCGAUCGCCAAAAGCAGUACCAGAAUGAAAAGGGAGAAUGUUGCAACAUGUGUGGGCCUGGAACAAGGAUGCCUUCCAGUUCCCCUGUCAACUGCAAAGAACCUGCAUGUGUCAAUUGUAAAGACAGCGAAUACCAGGGAGGUUACACAAAGGCUGUGAAAUGUUCUCUGCAACCAUUCUGUGAUCCAAAUCUCAGUAAGGAAUCAACGCACCCCAUAACAAAGGUACAGAUCAGCCCUUGUAGGUGUACGAACGGUCAUCACUGUGACAACCAACAGUGUGCCACGUGUGUCCCGAAUAGCCACUGUCUACCCGGCUACAAGGUUUCAGAAAAUGCCACUCAGGAGACUGACACCAAAUGUGAUGAAUGCCCUCCUGGAACUUUCUUAAGUGUAUCUUCAUUAGAGAGCAGCUGUCAGCUGUGGACAAAAUGCACAAACGGCAAGCCGUUUCAAGAAGGCACUACAACAACUGACAACAUUUGUAAAGAUGGGCAAAGAGUAUCGCACAUUGGCCUUGCUGUUGGUGCAAUUAUUUUCCUGGUGGUUGUGGUCGCUGUGGGUGUUGUGGGUUAUCUCUUUGCAAAAGGUAAAUGUGGAGGCCAAUACACAAAGAAUUGUUUGGGGACAUGGACAUGGAAAUUGGAAAAAGAGAAAGGACAAGAACAUCAAUUUGAACAUCAACUUCUGAAUAAUAAAGACAUUGAGGCUGCUGCGGUGAAUGAACAGACUCCGCGACAAGCUGAGGAAAAUGAGGUCAAGGAUGAAGAGACCGGACCUAUUCAGGAAGAGGAGUCGAGCAGUGCCAAUCAUAUCGAUACCGAAGUACGUUCUGAAAAUGGGCAUAUCAUACAGCAGGAACAGGGCAAAUCCUCGAUCCUCUCACAGACUGAAUCGUGUCCAUCCACAGCAUCGGUCGCAACAGAAUGUGAACAUUGCUAGUUUGUGGCCAGCUCAGUUGUCAUUAUCCCUCCAGGUACAUGUUGUGUAAAUAGCAAAUGAACUUGAAAGAACGAGGUGAAGUCAGGCGCAUUGAUCGCACAUUUCUGUUCUGACACAACUGAAAAUGAAAGCACCACUGAGCAAGACAAAACCUUCUUUUGAGAGCGCACUUGUCUAACUUGUGAUCUGCCUGGUGGUGAUACCUAAGCAACAUAUCUGACACACUGGCCAUUUACACAGUGGCUCGACGUACUUUGGGCCCGAUUUAUUAUUUUUACCGACACAAAUGUGCUGCACCUGACAUUACAAGUAGCCUAUGUUAGGAACAGGUUGAACUAUGUCAGCAACAGGUUGAAGGGCUCACAAGGGCUCACAAGGAGAGAGCAGCUGUGGUCUAAGUAACAUGUCAUUCUGAUGAUUAUGAGGACAAUUCAUCAAUUUUGAUAUGAUAAUAUAAUGGUACAGAUAAAAUAAUGUGAGACUGUCACUUAAUGCUGUGGACACUUGAUCAGUCAAAUAGCACGGCAUGAGUUGCUUUAGCAUUGUUUUUUUUAUUGCUAGCAUUGCUUCUUUACAUGGUCACAUUUCCAGCUAAAACGUCCACAUUAACAUGACAUUUCUUUGUCAGCAUAACUUUUAGCUAGGCGUGUCAUAGGAUUGGCUGUCUUAUAAUAACACUCUACUGUAGGCUACCUAUAGUGCAGGACCUGCUCUUUGACAAGUGCUUGUAUUUAUACUUAAAUAUGGAGAUUGUGUGCUCCAACCACCUCUGGUCAACAAUGACGAUUGAUGAGAUGAGGAGAGGUGAUGAGAGAGGCUACAGUCUUGUUCACUCCAUGGUACUUAACUAAGGGUACUGCCAGGAUUGCAUACAGUAAUUGGCCGACUGUAGUUGGCCGUUUGAGCCAAAAUGUCUAGGUCGGUUUUUUUUUUUUGACCCAGUCCAGACUUACUGAUAAGGCAGUGCAAAGACUGCUGGGGUUUUUUUGCAACCCUUGUCAGUCAGUACUCUGAUAAGUGUCAGCCAUUUUGUUUUUGCCCAGAUGUGUGUGUACACUUCUUGUUUACACUUGCACACACUUGUUUUGGCAAAGCAACCUUUGGUGGAAUCCUGCUGAUGUAUAUAGCUGCUUGCACUCACAAGCAGAUUCCUUCUGCAGAGAUGCGUUAACUCGUCAUACCAGCAUGCCAGUCCAAGUACUCCAUGCUCUUGUAGGGAAUAGGAUAUGGCAUCUUAUUAGUUUAAUAGAUCUGUUGUACCCAAAACACACCCAUAAUUAAUAAAGUAAUGUAAGAGCAACCUCUUUGAACCAUGUGUCUGGCAUCUGCCUAAAGUGGACUGGACACACCCUAAAUGUUCUUAAAUCAUAUACAUGAGUUUUGGAUACUCAAAGUCCACCCACUCGGCCAUAAGGUCAUAAGGCAUGAAAAGAAUAUCAGGCGAGUCUAUGAACAAUAUAGAUAUCUCCCCUCAAAUCACUAAAAUAGGGCUGAAAAUUAUAGAAAUAUGGUUACUUACAUUACAGUAAGGGGCGGGAUAUUUGUAGACAACUGCCAUGGAGAACUCUUGGAGUCCUGUAUCUCCCCCUUAAAAAGUCUCUGGUCAAAAAUAAAGCCCCAGAUUUGUGCUCUAUGGAUAAAAGUGCAUUUGUUAGUGUUUCCCCAGACGACUUUGUCAGGAUUGUGUAUGCCUUCCUGGAAGGUGUGCAAACUCGGCCUGAUUAUUGUAAUAAUAUUAUGUUAAGCAUUACACCACCACCUACUACAUUUCGGCAGCAGUCAGCUAUUAUUGAUAUAUAAAAUGCUUUUACGGUUAUUACCGUAAAUAGCUCUCAUAAGUUAAUGUCACACACUAUGAUGUUUUUGUCCAUUAUGAUAAAUGUAAGCAUGUAAAUGAUUCAAUUACUAAGUGUUUGCUAAUACCAUGUACUGGGGAUUGCCUUUCUGCUGCUAUGCACACAAGGGAGCUGUCUUUGUCAUCAGUGAAUCUCAAAAUGUUUGAACAUUCUGAAAGCACUGAAUUGAUUGUUUUGGGGAUAAGGAUUGUAUCAGAAAAAUAAACUAAAUGAGUGUAUCUGUGUUCUGUUGUGUUGUAGAAUGUAUUUUGUGAUUUAAUUAUUAUGGUGUUUGUUGAACAAUAAUUGUUAAGAAUGACUAAACACCUUAUUUAGACAGUUGUAUUUCAAUGUCAAUGAGAACAAAUGUAUGUAAGCAUCACACAAUUCUAGUACAUCUGAAAACAGUUAAAUAAUCUUGUCCAUCUAAGGUGUUAAAAGUGAAAUGAUCUCUAAUCUUGAGGGAGUACAGUUAGUCAAUAUUCAAAAUGGCAGCGUGAUAUAGGCGAAUCAAUCAAUUAGAUAUCUUAUAUUAGUACCACGUGUGUUGGUGGUGAUGUUUCAAAGAUAUGUCAGCCUGUCUAAAAACAUCUUUGUGCCAACGCUCAUGAUCAUGACAGUGGCCAAGAUAAAACUUUCUUUUUUGGAGCAAGUGAUUGCAAGAGUGAAUGAGAAAAAGAUUUUGCCACCAGCCAGACAAGUUCCUUAAUUCUAGAACAUGAGGGGCUGGAGCUGGGGGGUCCCCUACAGCUGGCUUGAGAUAAUCAGGUGGUUUCCUAAUCUGGCUUCUCGGUUUCCCCCGUCAUGUGCAGCCAGAGCCAAAAACGCCCCUUUUCUGUGUCUCUGGGGAGAUCUUUUUUGGACUUUUUGGAUGCUGACAUGAAGUCAAUCUCUCUGGAAGCACUUGGCUGAGAGGUUCUCAAAGCCACAGUGUUAGGUUCAAAUUAACUACUGUCUUCUGUAGGAACUAUAUUAUGCGUAGUAACAUGGCACUAUGUUUUCCUAUCAAGCUGCGGAUUGAUACAGUUAUCUGAGAUGUAUUGAGUGAACCUGUCCAAGUGAA